AUGCUCGACCGGUCCCUCCGGCCGGCGGAGGCCGGCGCCGGCGCGGCCGGCCCCGGCGAGGUCCGCGGGAACGUGGAUCGGGUCCUCUUCAAGGACCUGGUCGACAUGGUGCCGCUCGUCGAGUCCCUCAUGGAUCGGAGGACGAACCCGUCGUACUCGCGGCGCGCCUCGCUGGUGUACACGCCGGCGCCGGCCAAGAAGGGUGGUGAUUUGAAAAGCGCAAAGACACCACAAACCUUGUCGGCAAAAAAGCGGAGGGAUCCUGGAGACACAGGAAAUAAAAGCACACCUGAUUCAAAUGGAGAGAACGGCUCCGUUGCCCCGAUGACUCAAUCGGGAGCAGAAAAUAAACCCAAAGACAAGGAUGAGAUUGGCUUGCUGCGUGAGCAGGUCGAUGAGCUCCAAAAGCAACUUGUCGAAAAAGAGGAGGCAUUGAGGUCUGCCGAGAGUACUGUGAGUGAGAUGAAUGCGGUGUAUUCGACAGUUGAUGGGUUGAAACGCCAAGUUGCUGAGAAAGAAGCUUUGAUCAAAUAUGCUAAUUCUCAGUUACAAAAUGCAAAGAUUAUGCUUGCAGACAAGCAAGCAUCCUUAGAAAAAUUGGAAUGGGAGGUAAAGACCUCAAAUAAGAAGGUGGAAGAUCUUCAAGGGGACGUCUCCAAUAUGGAGUUUGAGAUAAGUUCAUUCGUGACAUUAUUCGAGAAAAUCUCGGAGAAUGUUUCAGAUGAUUGUCACGAUGGUAGCAUACCAUCUUAUGAUCUAGAGGCACUUCAAUCAGUGAGUGAAAUCGACAAGAUUGAAGUGGACAAGAUAGAGCAGGAAAGAGUUACAUAUGCUGAAGCUCUUGCUGCUGCAAGAGCAAACCCUAACGAAGAACAGUUGAGUUCAGUUGCGGAGGCGCGGUCAAGGCUGCAGGUCCUUGUUGUACAAUAA